AUGUUUCAAUUAGAUGUUCUUAUUGAUACAUCUGUACUACCACCAAAUGUCAUGUCAUUACGUGAUGAUAAAUUUAUUGACUUCGUUAAAGAAGAAGCCGGUCAUGCUACUGCUGCUCUACUUGAAGUACAUGGUAUUAAUUGUGUCAAGUCAUUGCUGAUGACAGAUAAUGUUUUCUCUAUUAUGGACUUCAAGAGUAACAGUUUAAAUGAUUUUAAAAACAAAUAUGGUUAUAUGCAAGACGAUGGUACAUUUGUUAUACAACCUGGAAUAAAAGGAAAUGUACAAUAUCUUAUUGAUUUGUUAAAGAAAAAAUGUAUUGAUGACGCAAAAUUAGCUAAAUUAUCCAAACGCAAUCAAUUACUAUCAUCACUAGAUAAAACCACAGAUACAUCAUCAACAAUAACAAAAGCAACAUCGCCUGUUCCAUCCAAUAGUUCAUCAGAAAUAAUAACAUCAAAAUCUUCUAAUGUAUCAAUUAAUGAAUAUAAAACAUAUCUAAUUGAUACAUUGAAUAGCUGGUGCGAAAAAAAUAAAUCAAAAUUUGAUUUAUCACAAUUAUCUUUAGUUGAAGGUCAACAUUAUUUUAUUUCGAUAUUUGAUGAUGUAAGUGGUGCAUUACAAGGUAAUAUAAAAUACUGUUGUAAAAAAUCGUUAUCAUUGACGAUUUUCCGUGGUAAAUUUCAACUGUCGAACUUCUACAGACACUUACAAGACUUUCGUAAUGGUAAUACAUGUAAUACAAUAAAAGAAAUAAUAAAAAUUCAUCAAUUAACGUCAUCAACAACAGCAGAUAAUCAACAAUCAUUUGCAACUCCAAAUACUGUGCUACAUCAACGAUCAUCAUCACUGAAUUUUGUACCUUCCGCAUCAGUAUCAGUCACAAUCCCAUCAAAUUCAACAUUUUCUACAUCAUCAUCUAUCUCAAUAUCAACAGAUGAUCAUGAAAGUAUUGAAAAAUCGUCAUCAUCAUUAAAAACUAAAAGAAAAGAACAGAAUGAUAUUGAUAAAAUCAACGUUGAAAAUAUUAUUUUAGCUGCAUUUAACCGUGCAAAAGCACUAGUUAGUAAUUUGAAUAUAUUACCUUCAUUAAAGGAAUGCUAUGCUUGUGAACUUAAUGGUUUAAGUAAAAAUAUAUCUGAUAGUAUUAGAUUCAACAUUAAUUCGGAUAAUUAUUUAGCAACGGAUUCAGAUUCUUCAUCAGAUUCUGAAUCUGAUUAUGAUGAUGAAGCAAUGGAAAGUAAUGAAUUUGAUAGUGAUCUAAUCAAUGUGGAUGAAGAAGAUAAAGAUGCGGCAAUGACACAAAACUUUGAUGAAAUUAAAAUUGAGAAAAUAAAUUUUACUGGUAUGCGUAUAUUCGAUUCGAUUAAUCAAGCAAUGAAAAACUCCUAUUUUCAAGUGCAAAUAAAUAACAAGACUAAAUUUAUACAUAAGCAAACGGCUUGUUGGUUAUGGACCGGCAAAGUUAGCCGUUUAUCGGCUGAUAGAUUAUCACGAGUGAUAGAAACAAACAAAAAGGGUUGA